AGGAAGAAAAACAAACACGAGAAAAAACCUUGUGUGUAUCAACAACCUACGUCCAAUAGACAUAGGGCGAUUCAUGCAAAGAAGGAGCCUGAAUUGAUCGCGGAAGUCGUGUCCCACCAUCGAUUUUCAACACGUGGACCCAGCCCAACGGAUCACUUCAGUUCGUCCACCUCGAGCCGGGUCCAACGGGGUGGCCCGCCCCACUCGCCCGUGGAUUACGAGUGGCUUCAGGCCGAAGACGCGCUCGACCCGGAUUGGGAUCCCCUGACUGACUAUCGCCCCCCCACGGGACCUCCAUGUCCAGACACCGUGGGUGUGCAUCGGGUCCGGAGCGAAGACAAGACCCGUCGAGCCCUACCCAAGUUCUUACGAGACAAAAUCUGGGAUCCGGAUUCAUUGGAGUCGGGCAACAUGAUUGAACUGUGCACGAAACGUCGGAUGAUCCUGGCCAUUGCCAUCUUGGGCGGGUUGUCUAUUUUGGUCAUCAUUUUGGAAUCCAGGCACUUGCACACUCCAGAUGAAGCCGAAGCUCACGACAUACACGAUCAUCAUCCCAUUUUAAAAGAACUGUUGUCUCCUGACGACAAAUGUUGGAAAACGGAACCCUUCCAGGUGGUUGAACCUUGUGAUCUCUGCUCAGAAAUUGAAAUUGCCAACAAGAGCCCUGUUGUGUGUGUGGCAAAAGGCAAAAAAGAACUCGUGGAAUGCACAACAGCAAUGAAGCGAACAUACCGAAGCUGUGAUGUGGUUCCUUGGAUUGAAGAACGUCGAUUCUGGACGUUUGAGGGUUUGCUAUCUUUCUUUGGCUUUUGCUCGGCCAUGACUGUGUUCGUAAGGCAAAAGCAGCUUGACCACAGAAUGUACCAAAGGAUCCAAAGACAAAUUGCCGCUGGAGUGUAAUGGAUCCAGAAAUACCAAAUGGAACUCAUUGUUAGUUUCUGCUAACUUUGUGAAGACCUUUUAAUUUAUGACGUUCAAUCAACGACCUUCCUUAUGAUAUGCCAUAGUCUAUGAUCUGAUCCAUCCCAAGCACUUCCUUUGAAUGUGAUUGAUUCAUUGCUUUUGCGACGAGGUCAUUGCGAUCUUGUUUUCCGUGAAGGACAGCUCGGUUUUUGGUUUCCUUUGAUGAAGGCUCUUUUGAAGAUCCCAAAUGUGAAUACAAGAGUAUCUCGUUGGUGGUGCAACUAUUUCUCCUCAAUGGUUGAAGCAACAGUGGAGAUGUUUGAGAUUCAUCUGCUAUCUUGAUCAUGUUUAGCCUUAUAUUUCAGAUAAUAUAAAUUGAAUUCGUUAGAAAUAAAGAAAAGAACUAUGCCGCUC